UGCGCGCGUAGGGUUACCGCUUUCAAAUGCAGCGGGAUUUAGUGAGUUUCCCGCUCUCACCAGCGGUGCGGGUGAAGCUUGUGUCUGCAGGGUUCCAGGCUGCAGAGGAACUCCUAGAGGUGAAACCCUCCGAGCUCAGCAAAGAAGUUGGGAUAUCAAAAGAGGAAGCCUUAGAAACUCUGCAAAUUAUAAGAAGAAAAUGUCUCACAAAUAAAUCAAGAUAUGCUGGUACAUCUGAGUCAGGCAAGAAGUGUACAGCACUGGAACUUCUUGAGCAGGAGCAUACCCAGGGCUUCAUAAUUACCUUCUGUUCGGCACUAGAUAAUAUUCUUGGGGGUGGAGUACCCUUAAUGAAAACAACAGAAAUUUGUGGUGCACCAGGUGUUGGAAAAACACAAUUAUGUAUUCAGUUGGCAGUAGAUGUGCAGAUACCAGAAUGUUUUGGAGGAGUGGCAGGUGAAGCAGUUUUUAUUGAUACAGAGGGAAGUUUUAUGGUUGAUAGAGUGGUAGACCUUGCUACUGCCUGCAUUCAGCACCUUCAGCUUGUAGCAGGAACACACGUUCGAUUGGUGAUAGUGGAUGGUAUUGCUUUUCCUUUUCGUCACGACCUAGAUGACCUAUCUCUUCGUACUCGAUUACUAAAUGGCCUGGCCCAGCAAAUGAUCAGCCUUGCAAAUAAUUACAAAUUAGCUGUAAUUUUAACCAAUCAGAUGACAACAAAGAUUGAUAAAAAUCAGGCCUUGCUGGUUCCUGCAUUAGGGGAAAGUUGGGGACAUGCUGCUACAAUACGGCUUAUCUUUCAUUGGGACCGAAAACAAAGGUUGGCAACAUUAUACAAAUCACCAAGCCAGAAGGAAUCCACAGUACUGUUUCAAAUCACACCUCAGGGAUUCAGAGAUGCUGCUGUUGCUACGGCAUGUUCAUUGGAAACAGAAGGUUCAUUGAAUUCCCGGAAACGGUCACGAGAACCAGAGGAAGAACAGUAA